CAGGAUCACUGGGGCUUAUUCUCGGCUGCCUGGCUGCCAGGAGCCAGGGGGUCUCUCUCCUGCUCACGCUCACCAGGGAGGGUGGGGAAGGGCUUGGCUUUCCAUGGGCAAGCCACAAGCCUCACGGCCGUGGACAUGAGACGCUUCCACGGACUGUGCCGAGUGUGCUCGGAGCAGCGCUACCAGCAGUUUACAAUUCUACGUGGGAAGAACGGGUUUGGAUUCACCAUCUGCUGUGAUUCCCCUGUCCGGGUUCAAGCUGUUGAUUCUGGCGGCCCAGCAGAGAAAGCAGGCUUGCAACAACUGGACACCGUCAUUCAGCUCAAUGAGCAGCCUGUGGAACACUGGAAAUGUGUGGAGUUGGCACAUGAAAUCCGGAACUGCCCCCGUGAGAUCACCCUAUUGGUCUGGCGCAUCGUGCCUCAGGUCAAGGCUGGCCCAGAAAGCAUCACUCGCCGUGCCUCUUGCAAAUCCACCUGUGACUUGCAGUUGCCCCCCAACAAGCGGGAGAAGAAUGGUGCGGGGCGCUCCCGGCCCCCCGAGCAUCGCCAGAGCUGCCAUGUUGUCUACGGUGGAAACGACGGGCUGCUGUUCAAUGGCUGGGAGCGCUACACAGAGCUGGGGAAGAUCCCCCAGCAGCACAGCGCCCCCCCGUGCCCCCGGCCUCCCUCUACAGGCGGGAGCGACAAGAGCUACAUCAUCCUGGCCCCGGUCAACCCAGGAAGCCAGCUUUUGAGGCCAGUUUACCAGGAGGGCAAAGCCCCUGGAGGCAGCACAUGCAAAGGGGGCUCCCAUGGCAAGAAGUCCCGGCUCAUGAAGACGGUACAGACCAUCAAAAGCCACAGCAGCAGCCCUCAGACCUGCACUCUGGUCCAGCCCCACGUCCCCCACUCCAGUUAUGGCACAUAUGUGACGCUGGCCCCCAAGGUGCUGGUCUUCCCUAUCUUUGUGCAGCCACUUGACCUUUGCAAUCCAGCCCGGACACUGCUUUUGUCAGAAGAGCUGUUUCUUCACGAGAUCCGAAAUAAACCUACAAAGGUGACUCUCUUCGUCUACUCAGACCUGCUGCUGUUCACCAAGGAGGAUGAACCUGGACGGUGUAAUGUCCUUCGGAACCCCCUUUAUCUGCAGGAUGUCCGUCUGCAAGAGGACUCCACUGACGACCUGAAAUUCUGCAUCCUGUACCUGGCUGAGAAGCUGGAAUGCGUGCUCAGCUUGGAGGCUCACUCCUGUGAGCAGAAGAAGAGGGUGUGCUGGUGCUUGGCUGACCACAUCUCAAAGCAGCAGCCGCCAGUGACGACACCGACGGCUCCGCCAGCGGAAUGCAAGAUGCUUGAGCCAGAGGCUGAGACAGCUGGAGCAAUGCCCUGCAUGGGAGAGGAGCAGCCCAGCCACCUAGCCCACCCAGAGACAGAGGAGUCGGCUGAGCAGACCAUGACGGUGGCCCAGGGCAGCCCUAGAGAAGAGGAACCAGGGACACGCCUUCUGGGGCAGGAGCAGGAGCCCUGCAGCAGCUCUGCAGCAUUCACCAUCCCCACAUUGCGGCUGGACAGCACCUUCAGCCAGGGCACCAUGGGCAUUGCAACUUUGGAGUUGGGUGGCCUGGUGGGCCUGGCUGAUGAGGAGGAGGAGGCGGAGGAGGAGGAGGAGGACAGCGAUGAGGGCUACCUGCAGCAGGGCGAGAGGAAGCGCUGCAGCAUGUUCGAGGCCUCCACUUGCAAUCCACCCUGCAACCUAAGUGUGCAGAAUUCGCUGCGCCGCCGCCGUACCCACAGCGAGGGCAGCCUCCUGCAGGAGCCUCGGGGCGGCCACUGCUUCACCUCCGACACCAGCCUGAACUACGCCGAAGUACAGCAGGGACCCAACUCUAGCUGGACCCUGCCGUCCCCCAAGACUCUCAAGAAGCAGCUCACGAAGAAUGGGGGCUCCAUUCACCAGCUCACUCUGCUCUUUGUUGGGAACCGGAAGCAGCAGCAGCAGCACCACAUGCUGGAUCCAGAAUGUGCCUGCAGCCGAGGAGCCAGAGCUGCCCACAAGAACUUGGCCAAAGACAUGAAGAACCGGCUGGGGAUCUUCCGGAAGAGGAAUGAGUCUCCAGGAGGGGGACACCCUGCCAGUAAACUGGACAAAGUCUUGAAAUCUCUCAAGCCCACUCCUGAAGAAGCCCUCAAGUGGGGGGAGUCCUUGGAGAAGCUGCUGCAGCAUAAAUAUGGCCUGGCUGCCUUUCGCGCCUUCCUGCGCACGGAGUUCAGUGAGGAGAACCUGGAGUUCUGGCUGGCAUGUGAGGAGUACAAGAAGAUCAAAUCCCAGUCCAAGAUGGCUUCCAAAGCCAAGAAGAUAUUCCUUGAAUUCAUUGCCAUCCAGUCCUGCAAAGAAGUCAAUCUAGACUCCUACACACGGGAACAUACCAAAGAGAACCUGCAGAACAUCACCUGGGGAUGCUUCAACCUUGCCCAGAGGCGGAUCUAUGGUCUGAUGGAGAAGGACUCAUAUCCCCGCUUCCUGCGCUCAGAGCUGUACUUGGACCUCAUUAACCAGAAGAAACUCAGCCCUCCACUGUAGAGGGGGCCACGGCUGAUCCUCCAGGGACACUGUUUUAGGGAGGUGUAUGUUUACAUAUGAUCCACGGCCUUUUUUGGUAGGGGAACUGCUGGAACACAGAACCAUAUCAUCUAGAAGGGACCCAGCCGGGAUUGAAGAACUAAGCAGUCUGGCCCCAAUCCAUCCCAGGAACCUGCUUUCUUUUCUCCGGUACGACGAUGUCCCAGUGAUCAAGGGGGCUGAGGGUCAGUCACCCUACCAGACCACUGUGAAAUUCUGAGCCGUCUUCCGUUCUGGAGGUAGCAAGCUCAGAAGGAUCCCUUCCCGAACAUGGAUCUGGAUUGGGACCAAGAUGGCUUGUGUGAAUGGGUGUACAAGCACUGCCAAAGAGGCGCUAACGAAGGCUCCGCACUUUCAGGAAUGAUUUAGCACUUCGGUGUGUCUGCUCUGGACAAAGAAUCCUCCUUACUUGUCCUUCUCACUGAUGGUCAUGCAGAGCUACUGCUUCUCUUUGCUCAUCUGGUUCUCAUCUUUCUCUCUAGGUUUAUUUAUUGAAUUUUUAUCUGGAUGCUCAGUUGGUUAAAGUCCAUGAGAAAGUCUCAACUUCCUAUUGAGUUUUUUGCCUUUUUAAUUUAAGUGCAAUAUUUUGAUUUGUUCAUGUCCAAUUCUCCCCGCCCCCCGCCCCCCGGGAUCCCUUUUACUGGGAACUUUCCAGUGGAAUGAAUGUGGAUAUGUUCUGAUUGUGUUUGGCAUCUCUCAGAUCUGUUUUGUUUCUGACUGUGUUCUCUCCCAACAGCAGGCAGCUGGGAGUUUUGUAAAAGGAGGGUCUAUAGCAUACCAUUGCUGCAGUGGCAAACUUUGUAUAAAUGAAAAACAGCUGUAUAAAUCAGACGCUAUCUUUGUGCUGUGACAGAGGGUGUGCUGGAGAGGUGUUUGUAUGCACGUGCCUGCUUGUUGAUGUUUCGGUGCAAAUGUAAUCCUCCAAGGAGUCUGGCUGACAGUCUUUUGGCCAAGCACCCAGUUUACAAUUUAAGCCCAUCUUAAAACAAAACAAAACACAGACUCUUUUUUUAAUGUCAUGACUUAUUUAGCAUAAAUAAAGAGACAAUAGAAAUUUU